GCGCCAGCCCCGCCUCGCCCGCCGCCGCCAUGGAGACCCCCGCCGGGCAGAAGCGCGGCCCCCGCAGCGGGGCCACCUCGACGCCGCUCUCGCCCGCGCGCAUCACCCGCCUGCAGGAGAAGGAGGACCUGCAGGAGCUGAACGACCGGCUGGCCGUCUACAUCGACAAGGUGCGCUCGCUGGAGUCGGAGAACGCGGGGCUGCGGCUGCGCAUCACCGAGUCGGAGGAGGAGGUCAGCCGCGAGGUGGUCGGCAUCAAGGCGGCCUACGAGGCCGAGCUGGGCGACGCGCGCAAGACGCUCGACUCGGUGGCCAAGGAGCGCGCGCGGCUCCAGCUGGAGCUCACCAAGGUCCGCGAGGAGUUCAAGGAGCUCAAGGCCAGGAACUCCAAGAAGGAAGGAGACCUGCUCGCCGCCCAGGGCCGCCUGAAGGAUGUGGAGGCCCUACUCAACUCCAAAGAGGCUGCGCUCACCACCGCCUUGGGGGAGAAGCGCAACCUGGAGACUGAAGUCCGUGACCUCAGAGGCCAGCUGGCCAAGUUGGAGGUGGCCUUGGCCGACGUCAAGAAGCAGCUUCAGGACGAAAUGCUGCGGCGGGUGGAUGCGGAGAACAGGCUGCAGACCCUGAAGGAAGAGCUGGAUUUCCAGAAGAACAUCUACAGCGAGGAGCUCCGCGAGACCAAACGCCGUCACGAGACGCGCCUGGUGGAGAUUGACAACGGGCGCCAGCGGGAGUUCGAGAGCAAACUUGCCGAUGCGCUGCACGACCUCCGUGGCCAGCACGAGUCCCAGGUCAAGCUCUACAAGGAGGAACUGGAGAAGACCUACGCGGCCAAGCUGGAAAAUGCCAAGCAGUCGGCCGAGAGGAACAGCAACAUGGCCGGGGCGGCUCACGAGGAGCUUCAGCAGACCCGGAUUCGCAUUGACAGCCUGUCCGCCCAGCUCAGCCAGCUGCAGAAGCAGCUGGCGGCCAAGGAGGCGAAGCUGCGGGACCUGGAGGACUCCCUGGCCCGAGAGCGGGAUACCAGCCGCCGCAUCCUGGCGGAGAAAGAGCGGGAGAUGGCUGAGAUGCGGGCCCGCAUGCAGCAGCAGCUGGACGAGUACCAGGAGCUGCUGGACAUCAAGCUGGCCCUGGACAUGGAGAUCAACGCCUACCGCAAACUCCUAGAGGGCGAGGAGGAGAGGUUGCGCCUCUCUCCCAGCCCCUCCUCCCAGAAGAGCGGCUCGCGCAUCCGCGUCUCUUCCUCUGCGCAAAGCUCCACCAAGAAAAGGAAGCUGGAGGACGGCGAGAGCCGCACCAGCUUCUCUCAGCAUGCCCGGACCAGCGGCCGCGUGGCCGUGGAGGAGGUGGACCUGGAGGGGAAGUUUGUCCGGCUGAGGAACAAGUCCAAUGAGGACCAGUCGCUGGGAAAUUGGCAGAUCAAGCGCCAGAAUGGAGAAGACACCCCCAUUUCCUACAGAUUCCCUCCCAAAUUCACCUUGAAGGCCGGCCAGCUGGUCACGAUCUGGGCUGCUGGUGCGGGGGUGUCCCACAACCCCCCCACGGACAUGGUCUGGAAGAACCAAAGCUCAUGGGGCUCCGGCGACAGCUUGCGCACAGCCCUGCUCACCUCCAACGGGGAGGAGGUGGCCAUGCGGAAGCUGGUCCGCACAGUCAUUGUCAAUGAUGACGAUGAAGAGGAUGAGGAGGAUGGCAUCCACGGCCACCAUCACCACAGCCACUGCAGCGGCAGUGGAGAUCCGGGCGAGUACAACCUGCGUUCUCGCACAGUGUUGUGUGGCACGUGUGGGCAACCGGCAGAAAAGGCCUCCGGGGGCACGAAUGUGGGCACCAGCACCAUGUCUACUGGCUCCUCCUCCUCCAGCUUGACCAUCACACGCAGCUACCGCAGUGGAGGCACCAACCUUGGGGAGAGCCUCCUGCCUCGCUCCUACAUCCUGGGCAGCUCCACCCCACGCCAGCAGGGUCCUUCGAACUGCAGCAUCAUGUAAUCGUCCAAUGUUCCCCGACAUGCACUCAAAAGCCUGCUUUAUGAAGCUCUCUGUCCUUUACAUGCUGAGAAAAAGAGGAAACCAUUUUUAAAAAAGUUAUUUUCUAUGCAAGAAUUUAUACUUUAUUAUAUAUCUCUAUAUAUCUCUAUAUAUAAAUACGCUAAAGAUGCUUCAGGGUUUUUUAAGGGGGUUGGGGAGGUCUUUUUUCUAUCAUGAAAGUUUAAAAGGAGCCCUGCCAAAGAGGUUAAUGUAUUAUUGCCAAAAAGAAAAGAAGUCCUAGAAUUUUAAUAUUUUACUUCUAGUAAGGGGGAGCAUGCAAAUGGGCAUGAUCUGUCUCUCUCUCUCUCUCUCUCUCUCUGUGUGUGUGUGUGUGUGUUUGUGUUUGUCCUUGAAUACCAAAGCUUUCUUUUUGAAAAACGAAAAAAAUCUUACCGUUUUUCUCCUUCUGGGUCAGUGUUUGUCAACUUCAUCAACUUUAAGCUGGGUGGACUUCAACUCCCAGAAUUUCCCAGCCAGCCCUCUCCCCCCCCCCAUCUUAAAGUUGCUGAGGUUGUGAAACACUGCUCCAGUAAAUUUGUUGCACUUAACAUUCUCCCUGGGAGGGGUGUUGACCUCUAACUACGGUAACUCUGGUUAACUCCUGCCUUGCUUCCCAGCAACCCAUGCACUUGAGCAAAAGAAUCCAACUCUUUUGGAGACGCUACAAGCCAAGAGUUGACCUUUGUUUACAUUUUGAAAAUGGGAGGGAGACUUUCAUACCGAACCCAUUGUGGGUUGCAAUGAUACAUGGGGGGUGUCUCAUAUUCAACCCUGGCAAGUUUAAGAUGGAUGAACUUCAACUCCCAGAAUUCCCCAGCUAGUAUGGGGGACUGCAGCAUCCUGGGAGUUGAAGUCCACCCGUUUUAAAAUUGCCAAGGUUGAGAAACAUGAAUUUAACUUCAUGUCAAGUCCCCUCCAGCCCAAAUCAGGUUGUUUAAUGCCUGCAUUAAAACACUUUAAGAGCUAGUAAUUCAGGGAUUCUUGAAUUAAAAUCCAAAUUACCCUUACUUUAGAACUUCUAAAAUGUCCGACCUACAUUGUCCUCUGUUCAAAAACGCCAGGUGUUUCAGGGAAGCCCUUUCUGGUUCCAUUCAGGAUGACUUUGUACUUUUUAAACAAAAUUUGACCUAACUCCCCCCCUGCAAAAAAGCUGGUCCAUUGUCCAAACCUAUCCACCCGACACCCCGCUUCACAGUUUGAAGGGGGAAAUUAAGUUUACAGCCAUUCUUUGCUUUGAGGAAGGUUUAGUAGAAAGGCCUUGUUUUGGCCUUUCCUGUCCUCUUUGUAAGAAGAGAAACUGCCUUUAGAUGCCACUUGACCUGCUUUGCUUCAGCGGCAAUGCUGAUCUCUCUGCCCAGCCCUUUGCCCAACCCUACGAAUGGCACAUGGUGCCUGAGCAUGUCUAGAGUGCCUUGACCAAGGUGGGGGAUGCAGAAGUGGGCUCCUUGUGUCUGCCAGGGGAACCCCUGGGCUUCAGAUCGCCUUCCAGGGCUCCAGAACUAGAGAAAAGUGCCUUCAACUCCCUGCUGUGGAACCAGCUGGGUUUCUAGUCAGAGCAUCAAGUCAAGGGGGAGAUGUGGGUCUUUGGCUUCCUGCCCUGAAGCAGAGCUGGUGCCUUUUGGCCGUGGGCUGGGGGAGGGGGAGGCGCCAGCUAUGCUUUCCAAAAUGGGCCCCACUCUGCUCCACCAGGACAGGUCCAUGUCUUCUCCUGGGCUUGGAGCAGAGAUCUGCAGACCCGUGUGGUGCCUUGAGGUCCAGGUUAAGUUUGAGAAACGUAGUUCUUGUAUGCGGUUUGGGACUGGAAGCCUUACCUUAAACCUACGCUGGUUGGGGAGUCCUGGGAGUUGAAGUUCACACGUCUUAAAGUUGGCCAGAUGGAGAAACAUUGAUUUAACCUGAUGCUCCUCAGCCUUUGAUGGGUAGCUGACCCGUGGAUCUUUUCCUUGGACACCUCCCGCUCCAGAGGAUCCAUUGAUGGGAUCCCAUGUAAAAGGCCAGAUCCCUGUCCACCCCACCCCCCAGUCCCUUUGGAUGGGCUGUUUGGGGCCCUUCCCCUUUGAGAAUUUGCUGGGAAAUGGUAAACCGUCUUGUGGGGAGGGACUUGGCUUCUCACCAAGGGGAGGAUUGAUGAUUUCCCCGACUCUGCACGGCUUCCCGGAAAAGAGGAAGAGCUGCAGAGCUGCUCUAGAGGCAGCCCGUGGAUGUCCUCUGCCCCCCUCCAGGCAAGUCCCAUGUGCCUGGAGGGGGCCAAGCCUGAACCCCCCCAACCUGCCCUGCUCAGUUGGCCCAGAGUAGACGGUUCGCUCUGCUUCCAGCUGUGAUUGGAGUAGGAAGCGGCUCUGAUUCUGACUUCCGUGUCCCACGGGGGUCCCCCCUGCCCCCCCUUUUCUCCUGCCGUUUAUCUGUUUUGCACUUGGAGAGAGAGGCCCUUUGGAAGCUCUUUGCUCAGGAACCCUGGCAGGAUGGAGCACCCACGGCUGCUGUGGGGCGCCCUGCCUCCUUCGCGGGGACAGCAAGCCUGCCUUCCAAUUGGGGGUGGGAGAGGAGGAGGGGGCGCCAAUUACACCAGCCAACUGCUUGUUCCUGCCUGGUGCAGAUGCUUGCUGAUUGAGGGGGUGUGUGUCUUCUCUGCUCCAGCUGGGUCCGAGGCCUAGUCCUCCCCUUGCCAGGCUCUUUCUCUGUCCUCGGAAAGGGCACCACCUGGAGCAGCUCUGUGGAGAAGACACUCCCUUUUUCAUUGUGCUGUUAAUUUGGGGUGCUGUCGGGUCUGCCAAGGGCUGCUUGCUGCUCUGAUGGCAAUUGUGCAGUAUUUGUAUUUUCUUAAACCAAUAUAGUUAUCCAAAACUA